GACAAAAAAAAAAAAGGAGAGAGAGAGAACUGAGGCAAAGAACACUCUGAAUCUGUGACGAACGACCACCGUCCUACUCUUUGGACCUCCUUCCCAGCCUCCGUUGCCGGACAUCGCGCAGCCUUUGAACCUCCCUGACAGCUUCCGUUGCCGGACAUCUCAGCUUCAUCGCAGCGGCAGCCUUCGAACGAUUUCUCUUCCACUUCAUCGCAGCCUACAGUCAUCGCCGGACAUCUGAAAACCUCUUCUCUUCAGUCUUCUAAGCAAAGUUCCUGUCUCGAAGCGACGAAGCCUCUUCUAUUCAAUCUUCUUCUCUGCGCGCGAGACUGCAACUCUGCCGAAGGAGCUUGAAGUCGACAGCCUGUAGGACCUACCUCGAAGCCUCUUCACUCUUCAGUCUUCUUGCAAGUUGCAACGGCACGGAAUCACAGCCAACCCAAAACCCCACUAACCAAAUCGAGUAAUCGUCUCCAUUUCUGAAAUUCUUCCAGUCUUCACACUCUGUGUGGUAUUCUGAUCUCCCCUCUUGUUUGUGCAGCAACAACCCCCACAGUGCGUGUCAUCUCUCCCUUUCUUUCGCUGCCUCCAGCUUUCAUCUUCUUCUAUCUCAUUCUUCUCAUUUUCACUGCUGGUGGUUUCCUCCAAAAGUUUGUUGCAUAGGUAAUAUUUUUUGGCCUCCGUAACAUUACUCCUUCAAAUAUCAAUCAAUGGAAGCUCAAGCACAAACCCUGUUUCCUUGGUUUUGUACAAACUCAACAAUCCGACCAUUCCAAAGUCCUAGCAAACUAUUCUUUUCAAAAUUACCUCCACUUUCUUCUUCUUCUUCUUCUUCUUCUCCUCUUCCUCUUCCUCAUCUUCUUCAAUCACAGAAUAGGGUCUCUCUCAGAACCCAUCUCUCUUCUGGCUCUCACAGGGUGUGGUCUAAGAACAUAUUACAGUGUAGAAGUACUAUAGAAAAAGCAACCAACUUUACUGGAGACGGGGAAGAUCUAAAGCUGCGGAAAAAACUAGCAGUUUUUGUUUCUGGCGGGGGGUCGAACUUUCGGUCGAUUCACGAGGCUUCAGUUCGGGGUUCAGUGUAUGGAGAUGUUGUUGUCUUGGUUACAAACAAACAUGAUUGUGGAGGUGCAGAAUAUGCAAGACAUAAUGGCAUCCCAGUUAUUUUGUUCCCCAAUACAAAAGGUGAACCUGAGGGACUGUCUUCUAGUGACCUCGUAGCUGCUCUUAGGAGAUUCAAAGUGGACUUUAUUCUUCUUGCUGGUUAUCUGAAACUCAUACCAGCUGAGUUAAUCCAGAGUUAUCGCAGAUCCAUAUUAAAUAUUCAUCCUUCACUUCUUCCUGCUUUUGGAGGCAAAGGUCAUUAUGGUAUGAAGGUGCAUAAAGCAGUCAUUGCCUCUGGAGCAAGGUACUCAGGUCCUACAAUCCAUUUUGUUGAUGAACAUUACGACACUGGGCGCAUCCUUGCUCAACGAGUUGUACCUGUGCUUUGUAAUGACACUGCAGGCGAUCUAGCUGCAAGGGUUCUUCACGAGAAAAGUGAAGUAAAUUUGGAGUUCUCAUUUCGUGGUGCAUCACGAAGUACAAUCAUGGCUUAGAUUUCCUCCUCACCUCCAAUUUUCCUAUUCCAGGAGCAUCAGUUAUAUGUCGAGGUGGCCAAAGCAUUAUGUGAAGAGCGGAUCGUUUGGAGGGACGAUGGUGUCCCUCUCAUCCAAAGCAGGGAAAACCCUAGUACAUACAGUUAACAGAAUCAUACUUCUGCAGCUUCCUUUUUUUCCUUGAGGUACCUAACAAUAUCUUCUGCUGCCCCUUGAUAUGUUUAUUGGGUAUUCAAUGAUUCCUACUAACCAGGUGAUGUUAUAGACCACUUUUUAACUUUUUUGACCCCCUCAUUAUAUAUUACCAAAGAGUGACUCGUUAAAUUUGAUUUUCCUUCUCUUACAGGCUUUGCUUUGUAUGAGAGAGUGACCAAUAUGCAGGUUUUGUAGGAGCAAUUUCCCAGCCAUUGAAAAGGUCUACCUCAUUUUUAUUUGUUCAUUGUUGUCUUUAUCAGCAAAUCUGAUCAUUGUGAUUGCUAACUUACAUAUUUUCACAUGUCAACAAUAAUUUUGCACUCCGGACUACAAUGUCAUAUGGUUGUCCCUGGGGAUUUUGAUCCAGACAUUGUUGCAGUUGUUGUACAACAGCUUUCAUAUACCAGUUUUGAUUGAAUUUACAAA